GAGGUUACAGCACAUUCUCAGUACUUCGGAGAAUGAAAUUCUGAGAUUCUGAUUCCACGCCACAUUCCAAGUUUUGAAUACUGGUAAUUUACGUCUGAUUCUACAUAAAGUUCUUAAUAAAAUCAGUGCUCAUUUUCUCAAAUAAGUUUCUUUAGAGGAGGAGGUCUGGGAUCAAAAGUUGGGCUGUGAAGUGGCACAAUGCCUGGAUCUAUACAUCCAAAAAGGAGUGGAAAAUUAGAUAAUAAUCGCCCAACUUUGGCUCCUAGACCCAAACCUUUUCUCUAAAACGGGCACUGAUGCAAAUACCGUGAGGCCUUCCUGCAAUGAAGUGCCAAUCUCAGGCGCCAGGGCACAGACCCAGUGCGUGUCACAGAUCCUGUCCUGAGUGCUAGGCCGGGUGACGCCCCCACCAGGAUUAAAGAUCAGGCGCCCGCUGAGCCCUAGGAAGCAGUGACGGACACCUGCUCCGAGGCGGAGCGAGAAGAGCCUGGAAUGGCUCCGGGCUUUGCGUCACGCAGCUCCGCCCCUCGGCCUAUCUCACCCGACGCCGUCUCCGAGGGCAGGGAACGGUUGGCGGACUGAGAUUGGAGGGAUCAGCGCAGUCUCGAUGACGCAACGGGAGAUGGGGCGUGGCCGUACUCUGAUUGGUGACGGGUGAGGCGGCCUGAAAUCGUAGGACUUCCGAAAGCAGCGGCGGCGUUUGCUUCAGUGCUUGGAAGUGUGAGUGCGCGAAGAUGCGAAAGGUGGUUUUGAUCACCGGGGCUAGCAGUGGCAUUGGCCUGGCCCUCUGCAAGCGGCUGCUGGCGGAAGAUGAUGAGCUUCAUCUGUGUUUGGCGUGCAGGAACAUGAACAAGGCAGAAGCUGUCCGUGCUGCUCUGCUGGCCUCUCACCCCACUGCUGAGGUCACCAUUGUCCAGGUGGAUGUCAGCAACCUGCAGUCGGUCUUCCGGGCCUCCAAGGAACUUAAGCAAAGGUUUCAGAGAUUAGACUGUGUAUAUCUAAAUGCUGGGAUCAUGCCUAAUCCACGACUAAAUAUCAAAGCACUUUUCUUUGGCCUCUUUUCAAGAAAAGUGAUUCAUAUGUUCUCCACAGCUGAAGGCCUGCUGACCCAGGGUGAUAAGAUCACUGCUGAUGGACUUCAGGAGGUGUUUGAGACCAAUGUCUUUGGCCAUUUUAUCCUGAUUCGGGAACUGGAGCCUGUCCUCUGUCACAGUGACAAUCCAUCUCAGCUCAUCUGGACAUCAUCUCGCAAUGCAAGGAAAUCUAAUUUCAGCCUCGAGGACUUCCAGCACAGCAAAGGCAAGGAACCCUACAGCUCUUCCAAAUAUGCCACUGACCUUUUGAGUGUGGCUUUGAACAGGAACUUCAACCAGCAGGGUCUCUAUUCCAAUGUGGUCUGUCCAGGUACAGCGUUGACCAAUUUGACAUAUGGAAUUCUGCCUCGCUUUAUAUGGACACUGUUGAUGCCAGCAAUAUUGCUACUUCGCUUUUUUGCAAAUGCAUUCACUUUGACACCAUACAAUGGAACAGAAGCUCUGGUAUGGCUUUUCCACCAAAAGCCUGAAUCUCUCAAUCCUCUGAUCAAAUAUCUGAGUGCCACCACUGGCUUUGGAAGAAAUUACAUUAUGACCCAGAAGAUGGACCUAGAUGAAGACACUGCUGAAAAAUUUUAUCAAAAGUUACUGGAACUGGAAAAGCACAUUAGGGUCACUAUUCAAAAAACAGAUAAUCAGGCCGGGCGCAGUGGCUCAUGCCUGUAAUUCCAGCACUUUGGGAGGCCAAGGCAGAAGGAUCACUUGAGACCAGGAGUUCGAGACCAGCCUGAGAAACAUAGUGAGCCCUUGUCUCUACAAAAAGAAAUAAAAAUAAUAGCUGGGUGUGGUGGCGUGCGCAUGUAGUCCCAACUACUCAGGAGGAUGAGGUGGGAGGAUCUCUUGAGGCUGGGAGGCAGAGGUUGCAGUGAGCUGAGAUUGUGCCACUGCACUCCAGCCUGGGUGACAGUGAGACCCUGUCUCAAAAUAUAUAUAUAUUUAAUAUAUAUAUAAAACCAGAGCUGACAAUGACACUCUGGACAUUGCAUACCUUCUGUACAUUCUGGAGUACAUGGAUUUCUACUGAGUUGGAUAAUAUGCAUUUGUAAUAAACUGUGAACUAUGA